CGGAAUUAAUUUUAUUCUGUUGAGGGCACUGCUGUGCAACCAAUAGCAUCCCAAUGCCAGUAAACAGACUGAAAAAGUAUCUCGUUGUGGGAGGAUCCAGUCGCUUCAGUGUCGGUCUUGGACUUUUCAAGCGAGAGGGAACCGAAGAGCAUACAACAACUAAGAAGAACUUUUGGAAGAUUUCGCCCAUAUUUUUUGGAUUUGUAGUGCUUUUUCUUCGUAGGUCUGUUUAUACGGUAAAUAGCCUAUUAGAAAAAGACCAAGGCUACGUUAUCCCGUGCAAAGCCGGGCGCUUGCAAAGAAAACGCAGUUGGCCGUAGCCGUAUACCUGCUCUAACAAACUAACAGGUCCUGAGUUUCUGGAACGCGGUUUCUCGGGGAGAAAUCUUUCCAAAUACUCGAUGAUGUUGGACGGCAUAAAAAUUGAAGACCAGCCACUUCGAUCGGGUCAAGCUAUCGGAGUCAGGCUUGGGACGGAGUGCCACCAUCAGUCUGUUUGUGAAGGAUGCCAGCGUCCAAUUUCUGACCGCUUCCUGAUGAGAGUCAACGAUUCGUCAUGGCACGAGGAGUGUUUGCACUGCACUGUUUGUCAGCAGCCUCUGUCUACCAGCUGUUAUUUAAGGGAUAGGAAACUAUACUGCAAACACGACUACCAACAGUUGUUCGCGGCCAAGUGCAGCGGCUGCCUGGAAAAGAUCGCCCCCACAGAGUUUGUGAUGCGGGCGCUGGAGAGCGUGUACCACCUGGGCUGCUUCUGCUGCUGCGUGUGCGAGCGCCCGCUGAGGAAGGGAGACGAGUUCGUCCUGAAGGAGGGCCAGCUGCUCUGCAAGAGCGACUACGAGAAGGAGAAAGAGCUGCUGGGCUCCGUCAGCCCCGGAGACUCGGACUCAGAGAAGAGCGAUGAUGAGGACCUGGAUAUCAAGCCGGAGAAGGGCUCGGGGGGCUCCGGGAAGGGGGAUGAUGGGAAGGACCCCCGCAGGCCGAAGAGGCCUCGCACCAUCCUGACCACCCAGCAGAGACGAGCCUUCAAGGCUUCCUUCGAGGUGUCCUCUAAACCCUGCCGGAAGGUGAGGGAGACGCUGGCCGCGGAAACGGGGCUGAGUGUUCGAGUGGUCCAGGUGUGGUUCCAGAACCAAAGAGCCAAGAUGAAGAAAUUGGCCCGGAGGCAGCAGCAGCAACAGGAACAACAGAACACCCAGAGACUCGGCCAAGAGGUGAUGUCCAAUCGGAUGGAGGGAAUGAUGAACUCCUUCACGCCCUUGGGCCCGCCCCAACAGCAGUUGGUUGCCAUGGAGCAGAAUGGUUACAGUACGGACCCCUUCCAGCAGGGCCUGACCCCUCCCCAGAUGCCAGGAGACCACAUGAACCCAUAUGGAAAUGAUUCAAUAUUCCAUGACAUAGACAGCGACACAUCUUUAACGAGUCUUAGCGAUUGCUUCAUGGCGUCCUCGGAAAUCAACUCCCUGCACGCUCGCGUGGGAAACCCCAUCGACCGACUCUAUUCCAUGCAGAACUCGUACUUCGCUUCAUGAAGACAGAGGAUGAAGAUCUCAAUCUGUAGGAUUAAGAAACUGUUGUUUUCAUCUCUGCCUCAAGGAAUUUCCACACCGCACCCUCGACCAACAGAGCAACAAUUCCUACAAACAGCUCCAGGAAAAUGUGCAUACGUCUGACUUCAAAAUGCUCAAAGUCAAAUAUUCCUGAGAAAAGGAAGUGUUUUUUAUAGAGUUCAUUGUUAAGAUAUUUGUUUCUGACUGUCACAGACAUGCCACUCCUUUCUUUAUUAGCAACAAGAAAAUUAGUAUUUGAGGUCUAAGCAACUUAUGACAAGUUUAAAACCAAAUAUCACAGGCUGGCUUCUGAUGCAUGAACUCAUAAUUCAUUGUAAAAAAAAAAAAAAAAAAAAAAAAAAAAAAAAAAAUCACAUCCUGUGAGUUGUUGAGAUGUUUGUUGCUUGGACUCGUUUAACCUGUAAACUACAUUCCACAUUUGUAUUCCGAUCCCUUUGAUAGAUUUAGCCCUAAGACAAGAUACUGUGUUAAUAGCAUAGACUUAUGAUGUAAGUGUGUGAAUGUGUGUUUCUGAGAGAGUGUGUGUGUGAGAGGGAGAAUUGUCCAGAAAAAAGAGGAGUUAUGUCGGUGGAUAUGUAGUGACUGUUUCAAUGUAAAUACUUUCCCCAGCUAAUUUGAUGUGCAUGUUAAAAUGGAAAGCUUUCUAUUUAUUUAACUGUACCGUGCUCUACGAGGUCUCAUGGAAAUGAAAAACUCUAUUUAAAAAAAGAAAAGAAAUUAAGCUAUUAGUAAGUACAUGAGCAUCAUUUCAUUAUGGAGCAUCAUUGUGAGGCAUCACAAUCACUUCACUUCAACCAAGCUGUAAAUGAUCAGAAUUGUGCUAUUUAUUUCUUACAGACCAGGGAAUUUAUCCAAUGUGCAUUUUCAAAAUUCAAAAGUCGCUAAAUUACCAAAGUCGAUUGGUUCAACGAAUAAACAACACAC